CUUAUAAGGGCAAUUAAUUUUACAUUUUGUGGCGAACUGACCUGUUCACAGGAUGAUUAUUAAAUAAAUGUAGCAAUCUUGAAUGUUUCGGAGCUAACAUCAUCAUUAUGAACGACGGUUCCGUGGACUGUUGUGUCAUCUUUGGUAGUGAAUGACCACACCGAUGACAAGCAGGUUGUGUUAAAGUUGGGGUUUAUUUACUGUGGUUAGAGUUUAGUUGUGACUAGGUUAUACUUAUAUAGAUUUGCUCUGAAAUGGCAGGAAAUAAGAAAGAUUCUAAAACAAAUGUUUCCGAUGGAACAAAAAAGAAUGAAGAAGAAAGCGCAGAACUUUCUGAGGAAGAUAAACAGCUUCAAGAAGAGCUAAAUAUGUUGGUUGAGAGGCUGCAGGAAAAUAAUGAGCAACUUUACUUGCCUGCACUUGAGAGCCUGCGGAAUCAAAUCCGAGCAUCUACAACUUCAAUGACUAGCGUACCUAAGCCCUUGAAGUUUAUGCGAUCACAUUAUGAUACAAUGAAGCAGAUAUAUGCAAAGAUACAGGAUCCAAAAACAAAGGAAUUUUGUGCUGAUGUUGUGUCUGUUCUUGCCAUGACCAUGAGUGAUACUCGUGACUGCCUUAAGUACAGACUGCUAGGGUCACAAUGUGAGAUUGGAGACUGGGGCCAUGAAUAUGUUAGGCAUCUAGCAGGAGAGAUUGCAGGUGAAUGGGCAGACAUGAGUGGGGGCGAUGAAGAAUUACGGCUUAAGUUGGUGGGGUUGGCUCAUCAGAUUGUUCCAUACAAUAUGGCACAUAAUGCAGAAGCAGAAGCGUGUGAUCUUCUUAUGGAGAUCGAGCGUUUAGAUUUGUUAGAGCAGUAUGUGGACGAGAGUGCAUAUCCAAGAGUGUGCUUAUAUCUUACAAGCUGUGUACCUUAUGUGGCAGACCCUGAGAACACUACACUACUUCAAGCAUCUCUGCGUCUCUUCAAGCGUUUUAAUCAGUAUCCUCAAGCCUUAAGGGUUGCAAUGCAACUGAAUGAUAUGCAUUUGAUUGAAGAGAUCUUCACGUCAUGUAAAGACCUGUCCAUGCAGAAGCAGUUAGCUUUUAUGUUGGGGAGGCAACAGGUCUUCCUUGAAUUGAAUGAGAAUAUGGUUGAAUAUGAUGAUCUUGUUGAAAUUAUGUCAAAUGCCCAUUUAAAUAAUCACUUUUUGAAUCUUGCUCGUGAGCUUGAUAUUAUGGAACCAAAAACCCCUGAAGAUGUAUACAAAUCACAUUUGGAGAACUCAAGACCACCAUUUGGUGGAGGUCAAGUUGAUUCUGCUCGCCAGAAUCUUGCAGCCAGCUUUGUGAAUGGCUUUGUGAAUGCUGCAUUUGGGCAUGACAAAUUGUUAGUGGAAGAUGGAAACAAAUGGCUCUACAAAAAUAAGGAACAUGGAAUGCUUAGUGCAACAGCCUCUUUGGGCCUGGUCUUGCUGUGGGAUGUUGAUGGAGGUUUGACUCCUAUUGAUAAAUACCUAUAUUCAGCAGAAGAUUACAUUAAGUCUGGGGCCCUCCUGGCAUGUGGUAUUGUGAACUGUGGAGUGAGAAAUGAGUGUGACCCUGCCCUUGCGUUGCUCUCAGAUUAUGUUCUACAUAGUAGCAAUGUGAUGCGCAUUGGAGCUAUUGUGGGUCUUGGUUUGGCAUAUGCUGGAUCUAACAGAGAAGCAGUUUUGAGUCUUUUGACACCAGUAUUCAGUGAUCCCAAAUCCAGUAUGGAAGUAGUGGGCAUGGCUGGCUUGGCAUGUGGCAUGAUUGCUGUGGGAUCCUGCAAUCCUGAUGUCACAGCCACCAUUGUCCAGACUUUGAUGGAGAAGUCUGAGGCUGACCUUCAUGAUACGUAUGCCAGAUUUUUGCCUCUAGGAUUGGGUCUGUGCCAUCUUGGGAGACAGGAAGCUGUGGAGGCUAUAAUUGCAGCUCUUGAAGUUAUACCUGAACCAUUCAAGUCCAUGUCAAUGACAUUAGUUGAGGUGUGUGCAUAUGCAGGAACUGGAAAUGUGCUGAAAAUUCAGAACUUACUUCACAUUUGCAGUGAACAUUAUGAGCCAGCUGAGAAGGAAGAUAAGAAAGAAGAUAAAAAGGAAAAGAAAGAGGAAAAGAAAGAAGACAAAGACCUCUCCUCACGGCAAGCCAUUGCAGUAUUGGGCAUUGCUCUUAUUGCAAUGGGUGAAGAAAUAGGUUCUGAAAUGGCAUUUAGAACAUUUGGCCAUUUGUUAAGGUACUGUGAACCAGUUAUAAGGAGGUCUGUCCCUCUUGCGCUGGGCUUGAUCUCUGUGUCCAACCCAAAACUUAGUAUUUUGGACACACUAAGCAAAUUUUCACAUGACAGUGAUUCUGAAGUUGCUCAUAAUGCUAUCUUUGCUAUGGGUCUUGUGGGAGCAGGAACCAACAAUGCAAGAUUAGCCGCUAUGCUCCGGCAGCUGGCGCAGUUUCACGCAAAGGAUCCUAACAAUCUCUUUAUGGUAAGAAUAGCACAGGGACUCACCCAUCUGGGCAAAGGUACUUUGACACUGUGCCCAUAUCAUAGUGAUCGUCAGCUGCUGAGUCCAGUUGCAUUGGCAGGGCUGCUGUCAACUCUUGUAGGAUUUCUGGAUGUCAAGAACAUUAUUCUGGGGAGGUCGCAUUAUUUGCUCUUCACACUUGCUGCAGCCAUGCAACCUCGAAUGUUGGUGACAUUUGAUGAGGAACUGAAUCCCUUAGCUGUUCCUGUGAGAGUGGGUUUGUCUGUUGAUGUUGUUGGACAGGCUGGAAAACCAAAGACAAUCACAGGCUUCCAGACCCACACAACUCCUGUUCUCCUUGCAUUUGGUGAAAGAGCAGAGCUAGCAGCUGAAGAGUAUGUGCCUCUCACCCCAAUCAUGGAGGGGUUUGUCAUUCUUAGGAAGAACCCUGAUUUCAACCCAUAGAAACCAUUUUUGAAAGGGGAGAGUGAUAUAGAGAAAACAUCUUGGCGAUAGAACGUUCGUGAUCAGUCACCAUAAUAUUCCCCUAUUUAUUGCACUGCACAAUUAACCCUCUGCUUCCUCCAUCUGAACAUUGUUUGCAGCUAUCAGAACAGAUUUCUUCCAGGUAUUUAUAUUUCAGUGACAUGAAUGUGGUACUGAUUACAGAAAUUUCACCAUUUCAACUAUUUCAAAUUAUUUCAUUAUGCAAACUUUCAGUUAUUAAGGUAUCAGUUUGCAUAUUGUAAGUGUUUGAUUUCAUAUUCAUCCCUCAGAUUCAUAUCCCAUUUUGGGUAAGUUAGAAAGCAGCCAUCAUGGCACACUGGACGUACAAACUUUUAUGUUGUGUGUCCAACAUCCUGAUAAAGUUUUCCUUUCCUAUCACUUCAUUCAACACAAGCUUUUACAUGCCUAAUGGUUUUUCAAAACUUUUUGAACUGUUACGAGGAAGUCUGUACUGCAAGGAAAUUUUGCUCCUUCCCUGCAAUCUUGAGUGACACAAUUUUUUACCCAACUGGCGUCAUUAACUUCAUGCUCUACUGGAGCUGCCAUUUCCCAUGUGAAACACAUGCAGGUCUGUUGACUUCAUCUCAUCAUAGAGAAUAAAAAUAGAACAAAAUGGAAAACAUGUUUCAACUGUGUAAGAUUUGAGGCUUUCACGGCGGUGACUAUGAAGA